AUGCGGGAGGUGCUCCUGAACGCCAUCCGGCAUCCUUACGACCAGGCGCGGACGCAGGUGGUGCGCGUCGCCUCGGAGGAGCCCGAGGCCAACGGCAGAGAGGAGGAGGCGACCGCUGACGCGGGUGCAGGACGCCGAGCCGGUAAGUCUUGUGUUUACUUCUUGAGUCGCCGGUCGCGGGACGGUCUUGAGAGGCUGACGCAAGUUGUUGUCGCAGCGGUGCCAGGUGGGGGAGGCGGCGGCGUGGCCGGAGCCGGGUCGUCUCGAGGGGCGCCGGCGGCGAGCCGUCCGCACGGGAAGGACAACGUCGCGUCGCGGGCCCCGGCCGUGAGGCGCGCCGCGGACCCGAUCGGGGGCGCAAAGCCGGCUGCUAAGAGGAGGCACGGCGCUCCGCAGGAGAGGGCGGCGAGGCCCGUCGUUCCGGUGGUGCCGGGGUCGCCGAUCUCUCUGGCGCUGGCGGCGGCGGAUGCUGCGUCUGUCGAGGGCGCCACGUUCUGGAGGAGCCGGUCCGGUACCGUCGACCAGGAUGAGGAGGAGGAGGAGUGGGCGGAUCCAGACCUCGGUCUGGACCUGGCCAACGCCGAAGGCUUGGCCUGGCGGGACCGGAAUCGGGCCGAGGCGGAGCUGGAGGCGGCGUCGACCCAGGCCUGGGUUAGCACCGCGACGACGUGGGCGCGAGCCGGCGAGGAGCCGGCAUGGCCGGAGAUGCCGGCGAGGACGGUGGCGGCGGCGACGGUCUUCGUGCUGUCGUUAGAGGGGGAACACAACCAAGGCGGCCGUGCGGAUGUGAUGGACCUCGACUGGGAGGUCGUGGUCAUCGGGGACGACACCCCGCCGCGGACUGACGUGGUCGAGCGGGCGGGGGCCGACGGAGGCUACUCCGGUCGCCGAACCGGUGAUGGUGCCGGCGAGGGCGCCGGAGAGGGCGCCGACCGCAGGGGCGAGGCCAGCGGGGAGCACGCCCUGGUGCUCAGGUCGGGGGGUCGUCAGGUCGCCGGGUCGCAGCCGACGCGAAGCGGGACCGGCGAGGUCUUCUUCGGGCCUCCAACUCAGGAGGAGGCGGCAAUGGCCGCUGUGACCCGGCGCCUGCGAGGGCGGACGGACUGGAUCCAGGCCUUCGCCCAGGCCGAGGUGGAGGCGACGCAGGAGCUGGAGUGCGCCGUGUUUCAACUGGACUUCUACCGGGUCAGCGUCUUCAACCGGCUCCUGGAGACGCAUCGGCGGCUCAAGGAGCAGCUUGUUGCCAAGAAGGAGGAGCUCCGCGCCGCGGCAGCCGAGGUGCUGUCUUGGAGGACCCGGCUGAUUCGGGCCGGUUUCCACUACGACCGGCUCGUUGUUGACACCGGUCGGCUUGGAACCGAGGUGGAGAGGGUGAGGGCGGAGGCGACGGGAGCCCCGCGGGCGCUCGACGAAGCCAGCCAGCUGCGGGAGCAGCUGGCGGGCGACAAGGGCCGUCUUGAGGCCGAGGUGGAGCGCCUCAAGGCGGAGGCCGCCAAGGUUGUGGAGGCUGUAACGCCCACGAUGCGGGGCCUUCUCGGAGAGCGCCAGCUGGCGGAGGAGGCGGUCCGCUUUCAGCGCGACCCGCAGGGGAUCGUCGGCUCCGGGACUGACCCGCGGGUGGCCUGGACCUUCUCGGAGAUCGUGACCGCCGCCGAGGCCCAUCUGCGAGUCUUGAGCGAGCAGAUGGGGCGGCUCUCUGAGGCCGGCGCAGCGAUGACGGCGGCCCUCUGGCUGGGUUCUGUCACGCCGAACAGCUUCACGCGGAUGGCGCGGUGGUUGGAGGUGGGCCCGGACCAUCUUCAUGAGUAG